CCUAAUUGAAGAACACAACACCGGCAAAAUGUUCUACACACAGCUGCUUACGAACAAGCGUGGGCCUCUGUCCAAAAUAUGGUUGGCUGCUCAUUGGGACAAGAAAGUUACCAAAGCUCAUAUAUUUGAAUGCAAUUUAGAGAUGACUGUGCAAAAGUUACUUUCACCCAAAUUUAACAUUGCCCUGCGUACCUCAGGACACCUCUUACUGGGAGUGGUGCGGAUCUAUAAUAGAAAAGUCAAGUAUUUAUUGUCCGAUUGCACUGAAGCUCUGCUUAAAAUGCAGACAGCCUUUCGUCCAGGACUUGUUGACCUUCCAAAAGGGAGCUCCGAGGCUAAGUAUGAUACUAUUACAUUGCCUGAAGAAUUUCAUGAGUUUGACACACAGCUCCCAGAGGUGAAUGCCAUCGACGUCGCUCAACAUUUUACACUGAACCAGAGCAGAGCUGAAGACAUCACUUUGUUGGAAGAAGAUUAUAGACAGGACAUACUUUUCCAUGGUGACAGUUUUGGUGAGGACAGUGAAAUACCCAGGCACCGUAGCUUUCCUAGCGACAGUUUACAAGCUAGUUUCAGCAGUCUCUUCGCCGAUCACAGUUUUUUGAAUCUCACUGGAGACAAAACCAUAUUCGAUGAAAGUGCAUAUUCUUUAAUGCGUGAUGGAUUUGGAGAUGAAGGAUUUGCAGGUGACAUGAUUGAUGAUGUGCUUGGAGCUGAGAAGAAUAUCUUCAUUAUAGACACAGAGGAAGAAGUUCUUUUACCCAGGAGCUUCCUGCUGAAGAUCUUGAUUGACAUUCUCAAAAGGAAGCUAAAAGGUAAAAGAAAGUUACUUGUUGAUGCUGUGAAGAAGCUGAGCAAAUCGACUAUACAGAAGCAGCUUGAAAGCUACAAGGACACUCUGACCACAUUGGUUAUUGCACCCCCCACAAGAAAGCUGAUGAUUUUGCAAGAGUCGGGGAGUGUGGAAAAGCUGAUGAGCCAAGCAACACAGCCUUUAAUUCAUGAGGAUCUGCAAAUGCUGUUUGCCAAAAGUCUCAGAGAUGGAAGCAAAAAGCUGCAGCAAAAGCCCACAGCACAAGACAAAAACAAGCGACGAGGUCCCCAAGAAAGCCGAAGUGACAUGCGGGAGACCGUUUGCCAUUCUGCCCUGCGGUCUGAGUUUCUGGAUGAAGACAAAAGGGAUAACAGUAAAACUACUGACGCUAUGGGGCUUCCGGAGAGCAGUCAAGACUAUGAAGAAAAGAGGCAGAAAAAGAGAACUUUAGAGUUAUUAAAUACCUUCCGGCACCUCCACCAGACAGGUACAAAGUCUUUCAGUUUUCUGACCCUCUGUAUGAAGAAGAACCGUGAAGAAGUUGCAACCAUGUUCUACAGCUUGCUUGUCCUGAAGAAACAACUGGCCGUCGAGGUGGCUCAAGCCGCUUCCUACGCUGACAUUAUCGUGACUGCAGGUUCAAAGUUCCAUGCGAUCUGAAGGUCGGAGUGGUCUCUCCUUUUAGAACAAUCUGCUGGUCAAAUUGAAAGCAGAAUUCUGCGUUUUUUUUAAAAAAAAAGAAAAGCUCAACGGAGAACCUUUACACCACAUCCACAUCUCUUCCCCAAAUCUAAUAUUGACUACUCCAGAAUAGUCCUGCAUCUCUAGGAAAAAUGAGCCAAGGGUAUGUGAAUUUUAUGUUUUAUUGUAAAAGGAGAAAGAAUCCAUGUUGUUGUUUCAUGUCUAGCUGAAUUUCAGGUUUUUAAAAUUGUAAUUCUAUUUAUGUUUGUAUUUAUUGGAUUUAUAUCUCGCCCUCCCCACUGAAGCAGGCUCACGGCGGCUUUUGUGUCGCCUCUUGUGUUGGGUUUAUGUAUUUCAUCUCUGUUCCCACAGUGGAAACAGACCAGUUGGGCUGGCUCCUGUUCUUCACAUAGUGGCCUUUUUUUUUAUCAGGUAUGGAAAGGCAAGUUAUUAGCACUCAGAGCACCCUUUCAUGACAAGGAAGGGACUCCUUUGCACUUGUGAAUGUCUGGAUUGCAACCCAUGCUUUUACAAAGCUUUUAAACUGAAAGUGUCAACAUUGCAUAGAGUGCACGAUGUUAUUUGUCUAAGGGCAUAGCCAUGUGGUGCUUCUUUCAGGGCAUGGUUGACCUUUCAUGGUGUAUUGGAUGGCUCACAAGAUUACACAACCAGGGGCUUCUGUCCCUCUGCCUGUUUUCAUAAUAGAUGCAGGCAGCAGCAAGCGCAGCUUUGUAUCUUUCCGUGAGACUGUUCCAUCAUUUGAACCCAAAAGAAAGUUGCUUCCGUACACCCACGAGGCUGCAGACAGGUGAUGUUUUUAAGUAGGCUGAAAUCAGUAGGGUUGUCCAGCAACUGACUUUGGUCAAACAAGUUUUUGCUGCAAGAUCCUGUUUGAACAGAAAAUGCGAAAUAGACGCUCCUGCAGCAAUGAAGGGCCUAUUACGCCGGUUGCGGGAGGGUGUCAGCUAUCUUCAGCCUAAAAUUCUGAUUAAACUCAUUUUUAUGAAUAGUUUAAAUCAUGUUUUGUUCUAUUUGAAGUGUAUCAUUAAACGUGUAUUUGGUUGUUU